AUGGUGCUUAGAAAUAAAGACAUACGCGCUGUAAUAGAAGCAGAGAAAGAAUCAAAUGAUGGCAUUCUUGCAUCUUUUAUUGAUGGGCAGCAUUUUAAAAAUCAUCCUUUUUUUCAGAAAUAUAAACUUGCCAUUAGAAUUCAACUUUAUUAUGAUGAACUGGAAAUUGUCAAUCCACUUGGUUCUAAGACCGAUGAAAAGAUCGAAGGCUCCUCUUUCCUUUUACUCAAUGCACAGGAUUUAAAUGAUAUGAAAAUAAAGAAAGGACCAGCAAAAAAGAUUUUAAAAUUUCUUGAGGAAUGUUCUCAAACUUCUUCUGGGGUUGCUAAACGUGUGGAGCAACUAUUGGAUACAGAAGAAAAAAUAGAAAUUGUUGGACAACCAGGAGAAAUUAUUUUACCUGCAAAUAUUGACUCUGAAAAUUGGACAACAAUUGCUGAAAUACCAUCUACCAGCAGCAAUAUUGCUUCAGUUACAACUGCAACUUCUAAUGAAGAAAUAUCUAUACCCAAAAAAUCUUUUUCGCGUUUCACAACUGUUCGUAAGACGCUUCUACAUCAUCCGCAAGGUGCUAAUGUUUUGGCAGCUGCAAAAGACAUAUUUACAGAAAGUCAUAGACGAAGCCUUAUAAGAAUAGUAACUUCUGAAUUAGUAAAAACACACGAAGUUAACUACUAUACACCUGAAGAAGCCAAAGUAGCUCUUGCCGAAAGUAUUGUAACAGAAUUUCCAAAAUUAGGUGACCCCGAAACAACUAAAGAAUAUGAACUUUACUAUGAUCCAUUUAGUAAAAGAGGUUUUAUUGAAUAUCGUCUUUGGACAAUUAGAAAAAAUAUUUCACCUGCCAAGAAAAAAUUUACUGCAAAAAAAAGAAAAAUGGGUCAACCUUCAUCCUCUGCAGACAGUUCAGAUGACGAAAAUGAUGACUUGUUUUCUGAAGAUUUGUAUCAAGAAAAGAUUUCAUGGAUGAAAUUUAAAGUACCGUCUAAAACGAAUAAAUCUGCAAUAUCAGAAUGUAUGAACAUUACUAUGAAAAAUCGAAGAAAAUGGAUUUUAGAAAAUCUUCCUACAACAGACGAAAUAUUUGAUCAAUUUCCUCGAUUAGUUGAUUAUUUUGGUCAAAUGAUUGAUGAGGAGUUUGACAGAUUGUACAGCGGAGCUUCUGAUAAAUUUUUAACAAAAUUUUCUACAUAUUAUGUUCCUAGAAUUCUUACAUACUGCAACACAGUGAGACAAGAUUUAUAUAGAGUUUCAAAUUUUAUUGAAGAAGAUAUAGUUCAAUUCUCUUACUUCAGUUUUUUUUAA